AUGACAGACCUCACACCGCUAUUUACCGAGCUUCUUCACAAACAGGAUGAAUACAUCUCUCUGUCCCGACCCCUGACCACCCAAACCGCCGAUGAAUUCCUCAAAGAAGCCUACCGCAUUAACACCCAUAUCUCCUCCCUCCUUUCGCACCUGCACAAAAUACGCCCAUCGUUUUUAAGCAUUUCAACGCACGCAUCCGGCAAAUCUACACACCGCAGCUCCCCCUCGACCACCACCACCAAAGGCAAAGACACAAUCCUCUCCCCCGACGAACUCGACGCAGUCACCUCCUCAACCUCCUCCCUCCUCCACACACUCUCCUCCUCAAUCUCAAACCUCUCCUCCGCGGAGUCCCUUCGCCAAGAAACACACUCGACCCUUCUCGACAAGAAAUACAAUCGCAAGCGCUCGCGCGCCUCGAAUCUUCUUUUCCAAUGGGCAUCCGGCUCAUCCGCGUUAGCAGAAAGCGAAGAUGCAGGAAAGAAACCCGAGCAAAUCAUUGAAGAACAGAUCGAAAACAACACCAAGGCCGUCCGUGAAAGUGUCCUCUGGUUUCUGAGACGUCGGCUGGAAGGCACGAUCGAGAUGCAGCGGGAUAUGGUGGAGAAGAGGAUUGAGAGGGCGCGAGAGCGGGAGAAGAGCGUUCUUUACAAGAACUCUGCCUCGGCUUCAACCUCUGCCGCUGGCACUCUCGCUGGAAGUACUCGUAGUGGUGUUGCAGGACGAGGAAGAGGGGUCUCGGUUUCCGCCCCAUCAAACUACCCCGAUGCCGCGCUGGAAAUGGCAGAUACAGUUGGUGUUGGUGCGAAAGGGAACACGCUUGAUGCGUCCGAAGUUGCGGCUAUAGAAGCAGAGCUUACGCCCGAACAACUGCAGCUUUUCGCGGAGGAGAACGAUUCCAUGGUGCGGUAUUAUGAGGAUACUCUGAGUAAAGUCCAAUGCAUCGAAUACAGAGACGAAUAUCGGGCGCGCGAACAAAGAGUUGAAGCGUGCGAGUGA